AAAAGAGGAAGGUGUUGUUGUGGUGUAUUCCUUGCUUUGGCAUGGAAGAGAGUAGUGGGGCAUGCCGAGGAAAAGGACGGUGGCAUCCGAACGAAAGCGGUAGCAAAAUCCGUUUAAGUUAAUUCUUUUGACGCAUACAAAGGAAAACAUUUUCUUAUUCAAAUACUCACCAAUACCAAAUCCAACACCCACACCCACACCAAUAACAAGCUUGGUUGGUACUUAUCUACAAUCUGCAUCAUGGAAGGUGUUAUUCUGAGAAGGGUCAUUCCUUCGGAUAACAGUUGCCUCUUCAAUGCAGUUGGAUAUGUUAUGGAUCAUGACAAAAAGAAAGCUGCUGAGUUGAGACAGGUUAUAGCAGCAACAGUAGCAAGUGAUCCACAGAAAUAUUGUGAAGCAUUUCUUGGGAAGCCAAACGCUGAGUAUUGUAACUGGAUUCUUGACUCGGAGAAGUGGGGAGGUGCAAUUGAACUUUCAAUAUUAGCAGAUUAUUAUGGACGUGAAAUUGCAGCAUAUGAUAUCCAAACAACUCGAUGUGAUUUGUAUGGUCAGGAAAGUAACUAUUCUGAAAGAGUGAUGCUGAUUUAUGAUGGUCUCCACUACGAUGCAUUAGUGAUGUCUCCCUUUGAGGAAGCUCCUGAGGAGUUUGAUCAGACCAUAUUUGCUGUACAGAAAAACAGAAGCAUUGGACCUGUUGAGGGGCUUGCUCUAACUUUUGUGAAGGACCAGCAGAGGAAACGGAGUUACACUGACACAUCCAACUUCACUCUCCGCUGUGGGGUAUGCCAAAUUGGAGUAAUUGGUGAGAAGGAGGCAGUGGAGCAUGCACAAGCAACUGGUCAUGUUAACUUCCAAGAGUACAGAUAAUGCACUCCGUUGAUUUGAAUGGGAUACAAAUUCAUGUGUAAUCUCCGUUGAUUUGAAUGAGCAUCAUCGAUAGAAGGUAGUUGCUUUGUUGCAGACAAAAAAAACUGAAUAAUUUCUGCAUGAGAAUUGUUGUGGCAACUUGUGUUGUAAUAAUAGUUCCUUGGUCUUGUUCCACAAUGACUGUGAUUAUAAGAAACUCACCUCUAGUGACUCUAGUUGCAGACUAGAUAAAGAAAUUAGUAAUCAAUUAUUUUUUUUAUAUUUCACUUC